AUGCCAUUAACUAAAACCUUUCCUGCGAUUUUACACAUUCGUGACUUCAUUGAACAGGUUGAACAAGAUCCAGCACGACCUGGAAAGGGACUAGCUUUACAGCUUCGCAUUUCACUCAAUAUUCCCCACAAAGACGCUCAGUCGGACGAUGUAGAGCAACAAGACAUACCAACUAUGGUCCGUUUCUUCUCCGACCUGGGACGGUCUGAUAUAUAUCACGAAAAUACCUUUAUUUAUGCCUGGGGCUCUUUCCUGACAGCCACCACACAAGAUGAAGGAUUCCACAUCCUUCUCCAUGCUCACACUGUCGACCGACAUCCCGGGGAUCAUGAAAACUCUGAUUCAUACUUUAUGCACUGCCCUGAGGCUGCACAGCCAACCGUAACCUUCCUAGGCGAGAUUAAUAAACACGCUGGGGAACUCAACAACGGUUCAACACUACUUCACUACUGCCUACAAGUGACGGUGUAUAAUAGUUCCACCCGAAACCAACACACAUUUCCAAUCACUGCAUACUUUAAAAAUGGUCCACGAUGGGCAAAACUUCCUUUAUUGGCGACCCAAACUCAAAUAUUCAUCACAGGGCGCAUAUUCGGCACUACCAAAGAAAAUCAGCAACUGGCCAUACUAACUGACGAUAUACACUUCUUGCCCACUAUGUCGCCGUCUAUGCCACUAAGUCCUACUUCAGCAAAGAGUAGCCGAAAACGAACUAACCGUUGGUCCCAACGAGCUGGCUCAAGCAUGCCGUCCAGCUCAUCCCAGUUCCAUGAGGGGACUGUUCUCGAUUGCUGCUCGGUGAUAUAA